AUGGAGAAGGAGCGAGUUAAUUUUGAUGGACCAGGAGUGACUAUGGACACUAAAAGGAAGAGAGAGAGUAAAGAAGAGAAAGGACCAGGGAAGAAGAAGGGAAAGAAGAAACACCAUGAAGAGAAAUCAGAGGGGAAGACUGGAAGAAGAAACAGCGAUUAUUAUUCAGAAGAGCGUCCCAAGAAGAAGGAAAAAAGGUCCAGGGAAAACAGCCCAGAAGGUGAAAGUGCCCAGAAGAGACCCCGUGCUGAUCCUGAAGGGCCGAACCUGCUGCAUAUUUCAAGCUACACCUUCCAUUCCAUGAUUGGUGGAGGAGGAUUUGGCAAGGUUAUGUUGGCUUCAUUAAAAGACAGGAGAUCAAAGGUGGCAGUUAAAAUCUUAAAGAAGAAGCCCGGGAGUAGCAGUAACAUCCAGACCGAGGCAAAUAUACUGAAGCUGACAAGCGGAAACCCAUACCUGUGCCAAGGAUUUGCCGCUUUUCAAACACAGCGGCAUGCCUUCCUCAUCAUGGAAUAUGUCAGCGGGGGAAGCCUGAGGGAUCAGCUGGAGAGUCACGGCCCACUGGACAUGACCAGAGUCGAGUUAUAUUCUGCAGAAAUAGUCUGUGGUCUCCAGUUCCUUCAUGACAACGGCAUCGUUCAUAGGGAUCUCAAACCAGACAAUAUUCUACUGGACCAUGAGGGUCAUAUAAAAAUAGCAGAUUUUGGCAUGGCCAAGCAGAACAUUUUUGGCAGUAGAACCAUCACUAGCCAGGCUGGAACACUCGACUACAUGGCUCCGGAGAUCUUCUUAAACAAGGGCUACAAUGCGGCGGUGGACUGGUGGGCAUGUGGAGUCAUCAUCUGUGAAAUGGCCACCGGAGAGAUCCCAUUCCCAGAUGACAGCGAUGAUGAGGACUUCAGUGACGAACCCAACAUCCCUUCCUGGCUGAGUAAGGAUCUCAAAGAUCUGCUGAGAAAGCUACUGGAGAGGAAUCCUGACCGGCGUCUUGGUGUGUAUGGCAACAUCAGACAGCACCCAUUCUUUUCAGCCAUUGACUGGGAGGAGCUGGAAUGGCCGCUAGAACCACCGCCUUUCGACCUUGAAACAGUAAGUACAUGGCUGCUGAAAUACUUAUACUUAUUAAACAGAAAAUAGAAAUAGAUAUUUAAUAUAUAUGAUGAAACAAGCAACUCAAGUAGAGAAAUCAAAGGUGAUCUAAAUGACAAAACAUUACUUUAUCUAAAUUUACUCGGCAUGCUUUUCAAAACAAUUUUGCCAUUUACAUUCAUUUUCUAGGGAUUUCUGAGGUGCUUGGAGUUUUACACUUAUAUUACCAGUGUUUCAGCUCAGCAGCUCUGUUUUAGAGUCAAGAGUCUCAGUGACCCCAGGAUUAACGGACUAUACAGGUGGCACAUAGGGAUCAGUUAGGAAGCUCACAGCUCUCUUUGACAUACCUGUAUAGAAUGCAGUACAUUAGGAUGUGCAUAACCUUCUGUUGGACUGGCUGAUACUUUAAUGGUUCAAAUACCUUUACUGAAUAUUUAAAAUCAUUAAGACUAAAUAGUGUUUUUCUCCCUUUUAUACAGUCAUCAAGGGAGCAGAUGAAGCCAUAUGAAGGAAAGGCUCUAUCGUUCCUGGAGUCCCAGAAGAACAACAACGCAUCAGGGGACACAAUGAACAUUCCAGGCCUUUCCUUCAUAGAUUCUACUUGGCAGGAUUAAGUUUCUAAGGCUCAGCCAUGCAAUUCCAUCAGCAUGAAAUAUGAAACAUCAGUAACCAUCAUCUAUGAACUUCCGAACAAGAUCAUCUCCACCUGCUGCAUUGAGACACCAUCAUACUCUGCAAUGCCUGGUCAUACCAUCUGAUCCAGUGCCACCUGGGAAACACCUUCUAGACCUCACCCAGUAACAUCGGAAGGAGGUAAGUAUAUUUAUAUUUAUUUAGAGCGAAUGGUGCGUGAUUGUGUGAGAGAAUGUGAGAUAUGAAAGGCUAAGGACGUAACAGGACAGGCAGAGAUGGCUCCUCUUAUAGGAACCAAAUUCCAUCAGGCUCUGCUGUCUGUCUGUGAAGCACAUACCCUGUUUUAAUGCGCAGACAACUGAUCCAAAUCAGGAAGGGUUUUUUUCCCCUUCUGUAGCAAAUUGGCCCCCGCUUCAGAUGGGUUUUUUCUUUCCUCUGGAUCAGCUGGAAUGUGCAAAGGGUUGUGCUUCACAGACAUGUCUUUAUCAACCUCCAUAGUUAUAUUGUUAUUAUUAUUCUACUAUUGUUAUAAUGUUAAUGUUUAGUAUUAUAUAUGUUAUAGGAGGCAAGGCCUGUUAUGCCCGGAGUGAAUGGUGUGUGAAUGGCCAGUAACAUGGUUGAAGCCUUGGCGUGGCGUUACUGCUCACAUGAGUAUAAACAGUGCCAGGCCAAGUCGGUUGGGCGUCCUAGGCACCCCGGCCGACUAUGUUGCCCCCCACCGGUUGUGCAUGUGCAGAAGAGUGCAAGCGCCGAGAUAUCACAAGUGCGCCUGCGUUAGAAAAGCGGAAGCGUGAGUGCGCAUGCGCAGAGUCACCAAUAUAUCAUGAGUGGGCAUGUGAGGAAGAUCGCACACUCGGAUACUGAAGAAACUGCUGCCAAAGCUCCUGGACACAACGGUUUGAACUAGGGAAAGGCGUCAGAAGAGGUACAUGCCUGGCACCCCUCUACCUUUGUGCCCUAGGCACCUGCCUCUUCUGCCUACCCCUAGUUCCAGCCCUGAGUAUAAACAUGUGCUAAUUUAACCAAUUGUGAGACUGUAAUAUUGUCAGAAAGUGUAUUUAUUUAAGUCCAAUCACAGGUAUUUCAAAAGUGUGGCCACAAUGAUUUUCCUACGUUUUGGAUCAACUCGUCGGUAAGUUAAUGUGCCAGAUAUUCACUCGGCCAAACCACACAAGAGUAUAAUUUGGCAUGUGAGAUCUCAUACCAUUCCAGACAUUUAGACCCCCUUCCCUUCUCCCCCCAGGCUAACUGCCCCCUGGGGAAAUUCCCCAUACUUUAUACUUACCCCUCGUCGUAGA